CAUCUAUAUUAAUUUUGAAAUAUUUUGUUCUUAAGCUUGUUACAAACCGUUGUAGAAAUGGAUUCAGUUGGUUCGAGUUCACAUGCAUUGCCCUUAACAGAUGUUACUCAAGAUGAUUUCAUUGCCAACCAAAAGAAGCUUCCCUCUUCAUCAUCGAUCGAAGAACACGAAUCACUUCAGCAACAUUCAUUAAUGCCAACAAAUGCUGAUGGAGUUAUUGUAGCUAUGCCCGUAGCUUACAAAAAGGCUAAUGAAGAUACCAUCAUAUACAUUGAAGGCCCUCGAAAAUCAAGGAAGAAAACAAAAGCAUAUGCAUAUGAUACAACUAUGUGGGCUUACGAACGACGGGCAAGAAAUGACGGUAAAAAAUUUGACAAUGUGUACAUACAUAAAACAGAGAAUUUUCAGUGUCGAUCAUUACAAGAAGUUGAAAGAUAUGAGAAGGAGGGUGAACGGCCAAGUCAAUACAACCGGAAAAAAAAACAAUUGAAAAAAAAUGGAGAAACUCCUAAUGUAAGUUUAUGA